GGUUGAGAAUAUUUCUGGGGGCUGUGGGCCCCCUGAAGCGGCCCUGGAGACGCCCCUGUGGGGCUGCGGCCCUGGAGACGCCCCUGUGGGGCUGCGGCCCCCCGAGGCGGCCCUGGAGACGCGCGGCCCCCCGAGGCGGCCCUGGAGACGCCCCUGUGGGGCUGCGGCCCCCCGAGGCGGCCCUGGAAACGCCCCUGUGGGGCUUUAAUCUGCUGGUUCCUCUGCAGGGAAACUGCUAUGUGUGGAACCUGGCUGGAGGGAUGGGAGACGAAGUCACCCAGUUGAUUCCCAAGACCAAGAUCCCAGCACACAAACGCUACUCCCUGCGCUGCAAGUUCAGCCCAGACUCCACACUGCUGGCCACCUGCUCAGCAGACCAGACCUGUAAAAUCUGGAGGACGUCGAAUUUCUCCCUCAUGACGGAGCUGAGCAUCAAGAGCAACAACCCUGGAGAGACCUCUAGAGGCUGGAUGUGGGACUGCGCUUUCUCUGGGGACUCCCAGUACAUCGUUACUGCGUCUUCCGACAACCUGGCCCGGCUGUGGUGCGUGGAGACGGGAGAGAUCAAGCGGGAAUACAGCGGCCACCAGAAGGCCGUCGUCUGCCUGGCCUUCAACGACAGCGUGCUCGGCUGAGGAAGACGAGGGGGACGACGAAGACGCCAGCAAGCCGGUUCCUCACAGUGGAGGAGAGUUGGAGGUUUCCCUGCAGCAUCAUGGCCGCCUCAGGCUUUACAGGACAGACUUUAUCAGGCAGGCAGGAGGAGAAGCAGAAGGUAAACCUCACAUUUCAACACGUUUCUGUAUUUAUUCACCACAACUGGACAUUCAGCUGAGCUCACAUUGUGUCACGUUGCAGCAAACCUCAGAGCUCCUUACUGGGACUUCAGAUGAAAAAACGCACAGAAUUAUUGUGAAGGGGAAAGAGAAAAAUAAAAAAUAAAUCGCUUUCAUAUUCAGCCCAAAAUAAACAAAAGUUUGUAGAAUUACCCAGGAUUUUUCUGUACGUCUCAUUUAAAUAAUUAAAGUUUUACAUCUGCUAUAAUCUGAUAUCAGGGGUGUCAGAAUAAAGAGGCUGAACACAAAUGCAUGCCACACUUCUCAGAUUUCUGUUUCACUUCAAAAUGAUGCGUUAAUUUGUUGCAUAAAAUCCUAAAAGUUUGUGGUUGUGUGUGUCUGUGAUGCUCUGUGUUCAGAUCUGUUUCUCUGUGCCUGGUGGGUCAACUGGGAAUAAACCAUGUACAAA